UCCUGCCUCCAGCCCCAGGAGACCCCGUCCAGGUGCUGAGACCCAGAAAGGAGGCUCGCUCCACCAAAGCUCCGCUGUAGCCAAUUGGUUCCCCAUCAGGGACCCGCACGGUUUUCUCGGAGGGAAUGACAUUCAGGAGGCUGCAUCCCGAGCUUUAUUUCAGCAUCACUAACCUUCCACAAGAACUCAAAGAGGAGCUAUGUCUCCCAUAACACCAUCAGAACAACGCAGGCAGCUCUCAGAAGAGGAAAGGGCUGCCUCCUCAAGCCACUUGUUAGCGGUCUUACGAUGAACUACAUUCCAAUUCUUUGAAGAAGGAAAACUUCCAAUUGGUGCUUCCAGAAGUGACGUCUCCUUUCCUUAGCCCUUUGCCUUUGGAAAGAGAGCCACCUCUUUAUACCACUGACAGAAGCCCAUUCAAGCCAGACUGCUGAAUCAGCCGAGAGGUAACUUUUGAGAUAAAAACUGGGACGGACCUCAGGGGAAAAACAAAGCUGCCAUUUGAGAUUUCCAGGGAAGAUGAAAUUCAGCAUUGUCAGCCAGCUCUUCCUCUGCCUGCUGAUGGGGGCUUUCAUAGGUGCCAAGCCAGUCCAGGAGGAUGGAGAUCCCUUCGCAGAGCUGCCGGCCUUGCCCUACUGGCCUUUCUCCACCACAGACUUCUGGUCCUAUUUCGAAUACUUCCAGACGCUGGGAGCCUACCAUCAGAUCAAUGAUCUGGCCCGGACCUUCUUUGCUCAUUUUCCCCUGGGCACCACCCUGGGUUACGAUGUCCCUUACCAGGAAGACUGAAUCUUUUUCCAGGCUCCCUAGAACAGAGACCAAGGAAUUUCAAGCCAACGGGUCAAUUUCCUUUCCUCCUAAAAUGCACGACCAGAACAUAAACACUUAGUAAACACUCGAUUAAAUAGAAACAAUGCUUCUAGAGGGGGACCCCCGUCAUUAGUACAGUGCUAUUUUCCUCUCUAUAAAGCUCCAAAUAACAUUAGUGUUGAUUUCUUGGAGCAAUCUUUGUGCUAAAAUAUUAAUAAAGACAUUUUGA